AUGGCGCAAGUAGAUAUGGAGGGAGAGAAGCAGCAAAAGCUUCGAAAGGCUGUGUCGGCCGAUGUGUCAUACGAAAUGGAAAAGUAUUGCAAAAUAGAGAGCGAUAGUACUAGGAUUAUUCCUACUAUUGAUGAAGAGGUGGAGGAAGUGGAAUGUAAGUGCUGUGGGCUGAAGGAGGAGUGCACCUCGGCUUACAUCUCAGAGGUUGAAGGAGGAUAUUGUGGAGAGUGGCUGUGUGGGCUUUGUUCUGCUGCUGUCAAAGAAAGAGCUGGGAGAGAUCCUCAGGUGUCGCUGCAAGAUGCCCUCAACCUUCACAGAGAUUUCUGCCUCUCUUAUAAUACUACCACUAGGCUCAACCCCAAGCUCUAUUUAACCCUAUCUAUGAGGGAUUUUGCUAAAAAGAGCUUGGAAAAAAGGAAGUCCAAGCUUGCUCGAAGCACUAGCUAUCCCUGA